AUAUUUAUUACUUGUAUUGUCAAACACUCUGCUGGUGGUGUCGAUGGUGUUUCCUUCAAUGAGCUGCAGCAUCAGUAACUUUAGCUCCUGCCUCCAUCCAGAGAGGGGCACUCCCAUGGUCUCUCUCUCGUGUGGGUGAGAAAGCGAGAGGUCCGAUCAAGUUUGUGUUUCCCUCAGAUCAGACCAGUCGGUGACUCAGUGGAACCUCAGCUGUUGAAUCGGCCUAAAGGUCCCUUCUUCAUGCCGCCUGUGGCUGUUGUUUUGAAAACAUGUAGUCAAAUCCCUCUUUGAUGAUCAGGUGUUGGGAUGAUGUCAUCUGAAUUCACACAGCCAGAGAUGCUCUUAACUGUAACGUCUGACACUUUUGUCCUAAUGGCUGUUUUCCUUGUGUCGAGCUGGUCAUUUGAUUCUGAUUUGCAUAAACAGGGACGUUGGAGCGGUGGAGAUGAUUUUCAGCUCCGAAUGAAGGUGACUGAAGGACUGUUUCUAGCCACAGAGUCAAAUAUCAGUUGAUCUGAGCUGGUGGAGUCAGUGGUGGAGGUGGAAGCUGCAUGGAGACUAGUUUUAAUGCAGUGGUCUGAGCAGUAGGUGGCCUUUCUAUGGUCCAGACAGGGUCCGGCUAUGAUCCAGUUACAAAACCAACUCAGGUCACAGCAAGAAACCAGGUCAGCACCACCCACACCAACACUUUGCCUCGUUUGGGCUCUAAUCACUGUGUUCUCUGUAAUCUUGUUGAUGUGCUCCACAUUUGAGAGCAACCCUCUAUGCUCAGCAACCUUUUUCAUCCUGUUGCUAUGGUAACAGGGGAAGAGUCUCUUCCUGUGACGUGUUUGGGUCUGAGCCCCGAUCCCAGCUCUCGCGUUCUUGUUUGUCCCUCAUUCCCUCUCAGGCUGACGGUGAUGAUGACGGACAAUUUGGAGCAGACUGACGACCCCCAGGAGGCGGAGCCGCCCAGAGAGGAGGAUGGACACGGCCCCCUCCCGUUCAGGCUGCAGCUAAUCGAUGACUUGUCUUACGAAGAUGUGAAGAAGUGCUACAGAGGAUCAACUGUCAGCAAGUACAACUCUCAGUACCACAAACUAUUCCAGACGGUUCCCAGGGAGGAGAUCCUGAUGAAAGUGUAUUCGUGUGCUCUGCUGAGGGACAUCCUGCUGCAGGGUCGGCUCUACAUCUCCAGGAACUGGUUGUGUUUCUACGCAAACCUGUUUGGAAAAGAUAUUAAGGUUUGUGUACCAGUGCUGUCGGUCCGGCUGGUCAAGAAGCACAAGACGGCGGGUCUGGUGCCGAAUGGUCUGGCUAUCACCAUGGACACGGGCCAGAAGUACGUGUUCGUGUCGCUGCUGUCCAGAGACAGCGCCUACGACGUGCUCCGGAGGAUCUGCACUCACCUGCAGGUGAACGGGAAGAGUCUGAGUCUGAAACAGUACCUGGAGGAGCCCAGCUCUCUGUCCAUGGACGAGUUUCCCGAGGUGCUGAAGUGGAGAAGACAGCCGUCGCUUCCGGCCGUCUCCUCGUCCCUCCCAGAUCUUCUGGGAAGCUCCGCCCCCGGGCUCGCCCCCGACACGCCCUUCAGCGCGCACACGCUCACAGACAGUAGCCUGGAGCCCGAGAAGAUCCUCCUGACGGAACCGGUACCUGAACUGGGCCAAGUGGAGUUUCAGCUGCUGAAGCUCUUCAUCCUGCUAUUCAGUGUGCGUCUCUGUCUCAGCGUCUUCCUGCUGGUCCUGUCCUCCUGCUAUCUGGCCUUCAGAGUCUGUCGUCUGGAGCAGCAGCUGAGCUUCCUGAGCAGCCAGCCUGCUCUCAGACAGAGGUGUGGAGAGGUGCCCUGCUGGCUGGCCAAUCAGAGGACGGGAACCUGACCCUGCAGCCAAUCAGAGGACAGGAACCUGACCCUGCAGUAAUGUGCACUUACAUAGGCUUGCCUUUAGGGGGCAACUGGUUAAGGGUGAAGAGACAAUAGUAGCAGCUGUCAGCAGCCUGACCUCUGACACCAGAGACCCGGUUGCCAUAGCGACACAUCACAGUAGUCACCAGAAGCAAAGCCUGACUCCUGAUGGAGAAGCAUUGUUCUCAAGAUGAAUACAGAGAAGAUCGUCUGAGGAAGUGAAUCAAUGACCUCCACCUGCCGGAGCAGACGAGGGGACCAGAGAUAGAGAAGAGCAGAGGUUACAGGCUUGACACUAACAUACAGUUUAACCUUAAAAUGACAUCAGCGACUCCUGUGAUGAAGUGAACUCAGUCACAAGGCUCGAAGAUGCUGACGCCAGUGCUGGUGUUUCUAGUGGGAACAAAGACCUUCAGGUUGCUCGCUGAUGCCUUCGUCCCAUAAUGAACGAAGCUGCGCUGUUUGUUAUUAAUAUUUUUGUGCCAAACUGAAUGUGUGUGGCUGGUAGAGACUGGUUUUCACUGGUUGGUGUUGGUCUGGUUAAGCUCAUGCAGCGUCGGCUGCGUUCACUUCCACUGCAGCGCUAGGAUCUGCAGACUACAGGACGGCAGAAACUAGACGUCGUCUGAAGCAGCAGCUGAUUGUGUGUGAUGGAUGGUGGCAGUCUUCAUACAGGAGGUCUUCCACUUAGUUAAAGGCUAGAUUGGCUGUGGGCCUCCAGCUGCUAGUUCUCUAGAUGAUUCCAUCAAGCUUAGACUGUGGGAACAUUAAAACCUGUAACUGCUGGAAUUUACACCUGAGAUAUGUAUAUAGAUUAUCUACAGAAGAGAUUUCACCUUAAACUGUGGACAGAUGAUGAUGAAACAGACCGACACGACGUGUGGCAGCAGACACCACUAACACACAGGCCUGGGGUAAAAACUUAAAUCACGGGUGUCUAACUGUGGUCCUCAGGGCCGGUGUCCCUGCUGAUCACCUUGAUGUGUCAGUCUGCUGAAUUUACACCCCUGAUCAAGGUAAUCAGCAGGCUCUGGGGAAGGAGAGUUGGAAAACCCAAAUCAGCAAGGGACUGGUUUAAGUUGACAGCCCUGACUUAAAUCAAGUCCCAGAGAGCUCCCAAUAAUCUGGGCAUCCAGUAGGUGGCGCUGUGACGUCUUAGCGUCUGACCAGAGGAUUCAUGAACAACUUACAUGAGCCAGAGAUGUUCAGAUGGAGUAUGAAGCCUCCACAUCACUGCAGACCUGUAACCUGUUUGAACAGCUUGAACCUUACAGAGCUGCACCAGGUUCUAAUGCAGCUACCGCCUAAUAAACAACACAACCCAGAA